AUGGAGACAACUCGCAGCAUUCAUCCUAACCAGCAACAACUCAUUGACCGGGCUCGAGAAUUCUUGGCCGAAGUUGAAGACUUAACUCCUGGCAAAGAUCUAGAAGCAAGACUGAACCGAGACUACGGCCCUGGGAACCCAUACUAUGAUGACUUCUGCCGCUUAAUUCGACAAGCUCUCGAGAAUGACGAAGGCUGGGUGGCAGUCGACGAGAUAGAUGGUCCAAAGUAUCGUCGCACUAGGAUUAGUCCUCCGUCUGAGUUGAACCGUCACUUUAGCAUCACGACCGUUUACAUGGAUAGCCAAGAAGAAUAUCGUGGUCAGUACCACCUCCAUCCAUACGGCGAACUCAAUUGUGUCGUUCAGUUGGAUCCAUCAGCCGAGCUGAUGGGAAUGUCCGGGUGGCAAGGCUCCGGCUGGACUUCGCCAGGGCCCGGGACUCAUCACUAUCCAGAGAAACCGGUUCAGAGGCUAGUGCAUCUUAGUUGGCGAUGCGUGUAUGGAAAAGAGGCAGAGAUCCCACCAUUCGACCAUUCCGACCCGCAUAUUAAACGCACGCCACUUCAUGAGGAUGACGAAAAGCAUGGCAUACAUAUUGCGAUCCCAAAACUACCCAGUACUAUGCGUGAUACGAAAGGACAGUCAAUGUACUAUGGAGAUUGCGCGGCGCUCUCUUUCCUCCAAAACAUACAAGAACUCAUUCAGGGCGAGCAAGAACUUGCUGAUGCAGCCAAAGAACUUUCGUCACUUUCGGUAGUGGAAGAAGUUCCGUCGACGGAUGGUGAAAGCGUCCUGGCCUAUAGCAAUGCGAAUCUUGGCGACCUGGAAGCUUUGGUUCAAGCAUUCUUUACAUCGACCUGUGGCUUCCUCGAUAUUAUGGACCGAUCCUAUGUUGAAAACCUGCUCAGCUGCUGGAUCAAUGGGAAUAUUUCAGUCACAAGUGGCAGUGCUGCGAUACUGUAUCUCGUGCUUGCUUCCGCUUCUCAAAUACGAAGCAACUCUACGCAAGAUUGCCAUCGCUCUCAGUCAUUCUUUUAUCACGGCCGACGAAUUGCACUUUUGGAGCUGACAGAGUACCCUAGUAUGGAAACAACACAGGCAUUUAUGCUGAUAAGUCUCUACAUGCUUGGUAACUGUCGACGAGAUGGAGCGCACUUGAAUCUAGGCAUUGCAAUCAGCGCGGCAAAAGCACUCGGAUAUCAUCGAGCUGAAGCCACUUUUACUCAAUGCGAAGAGAACAAGCAACUGAGGAAGCGAAUAUGGCGUACUUUGUGCUAUCACGAUUUAUUCUUCUGCGCCAUGAUGGGACGAGCUCCAUUGGCCGCUGCGGUCGAUUCAGCCGAAGAAGAAGACGACCGGCAACCCGACCCAAAGCAUCCCGAUAAAUGCCAACAGCUCGGCAUGUACGAGUCAGCACGCGCCUUUUCGAUUUUGAAACAAACCGUUCUCGAGAUAUACACAAAACACUCUGUGCCGCUGGAGAGAAUCUUACGACUCAAUCAACAGCUUCGUGAAAUGGGAACAGCCUUGCCUUUUGAACUUCGCAGUAUCAGCCCUGCGGCAUUUCCAGUGCAUAAAUGUCCCAAGACGAGACAGCUUAUCAUAAGGAAUGCUACAGUUGCUUGCAACUAUUAUUUCAGCAUGAUGCUGUUGACGAGACCGUUUCUCAUUGCUUGUCUCAGGGCGAAAUACAACAAAACACCAAAGUCGACUCAAAGCCCUGAGGCGAAUGGCGGCUGUCAAGAAUCUUCAGAGGUUGACAAUAAUGUCAAACACGGGGCCAUGACUUCGUUUGAUACAGCUCUAAAGACGAUACAGCUGCUACAUGAGUUGUAUGUCAAUGGAGUGUUAUUUAACAAUAUGCCACUGGUUGUGGCGUGGACUUUUGUGUCAGCUUUGACCGUAUGUGCCGCCUACUUUGGACGACUAGGCAACGCUCGAGAAUGCGAACUCGUCAUCUACAGAGCGAACCAGAUACUGCAGCACUUCAUGCCGUACAGCCCCCAAGCGAAGCAGUACGACCUUAUUCUGAAGAAGCUAUCCCGCGUUGCACUGAGCUGUAUAAGCGGCACAGGGGACCAGCCCUACGACAACAGCAACUUGUUCUGGUCCGACCUAUUCAGACUAACUCCGGCGCAUCUCCAUAAGUUGAAAGAAGAAGAAAUUGAUCCGACUUUGGGUAUCGGUGAACUGUUUGGAUUAGGCAUCCCAGAAGGAGAUGCCUGCCCUCUCUCGGAAAGAGUUGGAGAAUCAUUGGAAACUGCUCAGACGGAUUCGCCUAUGAGUGAUAUAUUUUACUUUCCGGAUGGGGCGUACAAGGAUUUUUCCAACUACAUGUUGAUGACUGACGAUUUUCUUUCUGAGCAGCAGGAUUUCUUUUUGAACAUCUGA